GAUUGCGGUUAACGCCCCCACAUCUCUCUCUCUUUCUCUCUCUUCUGAAUUCGGGGUUUCUCUACGGCUACGCCAGUUUGGGUUCAGUUGACUAGCAGAUGUAUCGUCUCCAAUUCGAUUCAUACUUCGUCUCUUCACUACUAUCUUCUCACCAUAUUUAUUCGCGGCAUACCCAUCUUUCUCUUUCUCAUCCAGCACACAGAUGCUCCCGAUUGCUUGAAGAUUCAUUUGGUUUUGGAUUCUUACUGCUUGAAUCAUCCAUUGCCGCGGUUUCUUUUACAUUUCCCAGGUCACUAAAUCUCGUACACAAUACGAUUCUUGCAAAUUUCUCUUGAAGAUUCGGAAUUUUGAAUAUUUACACUUCUCUGGAUGAUAAAAGAAUCCUCCUUUUUCCUAGAUUUGAUAGGAAAUUUGAGUUUUGACGAAUUAGGAUUACCAAUUCGUGAAAUUCUCUAUGGUUAUUGGAAUUACUGGUCAGGCAUGGUGAGAUUUUAGGGCUUAAAAUGUCAAUUGUCUGUGGUUUUCCUCUCCUUGAGUGUGUUUAUUGUUUAGCAUGUGCUCGAUGGGCAUGGAAAAGAUGUCUUCACACAGCCGGCCAUGACAGUGAAACAUGGGGUUUAGCGACAUCUGAGGAAUUUGAGCCAGUUCCACGUUUAUGUCGAUAUAUACUAGCUGUAUAUGAAGAUGAUCUUAGACAUCCCCAAUGGGAACCAACGGGAGGUUAUGGUAUAAACCCUGAUUAUUUGAUAUUGAAAAAGAAUUACGAAGAUAGUCAUGGACGAGCGCCUCCAUACAUACUCUACCUCGAUCAUGAUCAUGCAGAUAUAGUUCUUGCCAUUAGAGGCCUUAAUUUGGCGAAAGAGAGUGACUAUGCAGUUUUACUUGAUAAUAAAUUGGGGAAGAGGAAGUUUGAUGGAGGGUAUGUGCACAAUGGGCUAUUGAAAGCAGCUGCUUGUGUUUUGGAUGCUGAAUGCGAUAUAUUGAAGGAGUUAGUUAGGAAGUAUCCUAAUUAUACAUUAACUUUUACGGGUCACUCACUUGGGUCGGGUGUGGCUGCUUUGUUGACAGUUGUUGUGGUGCAGAACCGUGAAAGGAUAGGGAAUGUUGAUAGGAAGAGGGUUAGAUGUUAUGCUAUCGCGCCCACACGAUGUAUGUCGCUGAAUCUGGCUGUGAGAUAUGCUGAUGUAAUUAAUUCUGUUGUGCUUCAGGAUGAUUUCUUGCCCAGGACAGCUACACCUUUAGAGGACAUAUUUAAAUCAGUUUUCUGUUUGCCAUGCAUACUUUGCCUAAGAUGCAUGAGAGACACUUGCAUUCCCGAAGAGAAGAUGCUGAAAGAUCCGAGGAGGCUUUAUGCUCCUGGCCGUUGCUAUCACAUAGUUGAGAGAAAGCCUUUCAAAUGUGGGCGGUUUCCACCAGUGGUGAGGACAGCCGUACCUGUAGAUGGAAGGUUCGAGCAUGUGGUUCUCUCUUGUAAUGCGACAUCUGAUCAUGCCAUCAUUUGGAUAGAGAAAGAAGCUCAAAGGGCUUUCGAUUUAAUGAUGGAAAAGGACCAUUCUAAAGAGAUUCCUCAAAAACAGAAGAUGGAGAGGCAAGAGACAUUAGCAAAAGAGCACAACAAAGAAUACAAGGCCGCAUUACAGAGGGCAGUAACACUACACGUCGCUCACGCUUUCUCACCAUCUAAUUAUGGAACGUUUGAUGAUCGAGAGGGGGAAGAGGAACAAUCUGACGGUUCCAGUUCUAUGGGAUCUUCAAAGAAAUACUCAAACAGGGAGACCUGGGAUGAGCUUAUUGAGCGCCUGUUUGAGAGAAGCGAAUCGGGUCAUAUGGUCCUCAAGAAAUCAUCAGAUUAGUAAUUCUAUUAAGUUAUUCAUCUGUUCUUAGUAGUAGUAAUCUGUUUAUUUCUUAUUGCCUAUGGAAGGACCUAUUUCAUUUCGAUUCUUUGAGUGUAGUUUCUGGUUGUAGAAAAGUUUGUGUUUAUACAAAAAUACUUUUUAGUUGAGGUGAGAUUGAGUAGAACACAAUCAGGUAUUCAGGUGCUUGCAUAAUAAUUAUGUCACGUUUGAU